UACACCGUAUAUUUGUAAGAAUAUGUUAGAAUGUUAAAGGCUGCAACUGACAUUGACACACACAACAUGGCGGACGCGCCUAGGCCACGCGCAGCAGCUCUUAUAUAAAUAGUGUUACAUUUGACAGUGAGAUCGCCUGAUCGAAGGGGUGAAGGUUUGGUAAGACAAUGGCUUUAAGAAGAGCUUUCUCACGCUUGCUAGUGAACUCACAGAGAUGUUGUCUGGUCUCUGCGUCACGGGCACAAGGCACUUCAGCAUCGGCAAAACAUGAUGCAGAGGAGCCAAAAAAAUCAACAAAAACGCCUAAGGUUACUUUUGACUGGCGUGAUGCGUUGGAUCUGGAGGGCCAGCUCACAGAAGACGAGGUCAUGAUCAGAGACACUUUCCGCACCUACUGCCAGGAGAAACUCAUGCCCCGAAUCCUUAUGGCUAAUAGGAAUGAACAUUUCCAUCGGGAGAUUGUGAACGAGAUGGGAGAACUUGGUGUCCUUGGGCCUACCAUUCAAGGGUAUGGCUGUGCAGGUACCAGUUAUGUGGCAUACGGUCUGAUCGCCAGGGAGGUGGAGAAAGUGGACAGCGGAUACCGAUCUGUUAUGAGUGUUCAGUCCUCAUUGGUCAUGCAUCCAAUCAAUGCCUAUGGAACGGAAGCACAGAAACAGAAGUACCUGCCUAAACUGGCUCGCGGAGAGAUUCUAGGUUGUUUUGGACUAACAGAACCAAACCAUGGAAGCGACCCUGGCGGCAUGGAGACCAAGGCCAAAUUCAACCCUUCAAGUGGUACCUAUACCAUCAGUGGGGCAAAAACGUGGAUCACCAACUCGCCACAUGCUGAUAUCUGUGUGGUAUGGGCGAAAUGUGAUGAUGGCAGAGUGAGGGGCUUUAUUCUCGAGCGGGGAAUGAAGGGACUGAGCACCCCCAAAAUUGAGGGCAAGUUUUCUCUUAGGGCAUCAUCCACUGGGAUGAUCCUAAUGGAUGAUGUUGAAGUGCCGGAGGACAACUUGCUACCCAAUGUGUCUGGCCUUGCUGGUCCCUUUGGCUGCCUGAAUAAUGCACGAUAUGGCAUCGCAUGGGGUGCAUUGGGUGCAGCAGAAUAUUGCUUUCAUGCUGCCCGUCAGUAUACCUUGGACAGAAUCCAGUUUGGAGUUCCUCUGGCCAGAAACCAACUCAUGCAGAAAAAAAUGGCCGACAUGCUGACCGAGAUCACGAUUGGACUCCAGUCCUGUUUACAACUGGGCAGACUGAUUGAUCAAAAAAAAUACGCACCAGAGAUGAUCUCCAUGCUGAAACGCAACUCCUGCGGUAAGGCCCUGGACAUCGCCAGGCAGGCCAGAGACAUGCUGGGUGGAAACGGCAUAUCGGAUGAGUAUCACAUCAUACGCCACGUCAUGAACCUGGAAGCUGUGAACACAUAUGAAGGCACUCAUGAUAUCCAUGCCUUAAUCUUGGGAAGAGCAAUCACUGGACUUCAGUCAUUCACCGUUGGGAAAUAAAUCUCUCUCGAAAUUAGGCUGAAAUGGACUUUUAGACUCUCUCUCUCUCUCUUUGUACUGUAAAUACAGCGAGACUUUGUGCUGUAGUUUUUGUACAGCAUCCAUCCAUGUGUCAAUAUACAGUCUCAUGGUUUAAGUAGUCUUUGCACGUUUAGUAAAUGGGUCCAAACUGACAUCAGCUGUGUUCAUGUUACAAAAAAUAUUCAUAUAAUGAAAUGGUUACUGUCUUUUUGGAAAAUUACAGUCUAAUCGGAUGUCAGGUUUUCACGUAAUUCAGCGGUAGGUGGACCCAGUGAUGAUCAUACAUGGUAAUGAUGUUAAUAGAUGCUUUAAAAUAAUUUUUGAAACAAGUAGUUUGUCAUGUAUACACAACAUCCUGCUUGCAUUUUAGAAAUGCAGUCUGACCCACUGGUUAUUUUCAGUAAUUGCUGGGCUCAUGUAAAUGAUGUAUUUAUGGAGUUGGCUUGAAAACAAACUGAUUUCAGGAUACGUGCUUUUAUUCCAAAUAAAAGUCAUGCACUUGGCAAAU